AUGAGGGUCAACUACAGCCACCGAAGUCUCCCUCAACUUUCAGGCAUGAUGGAUUCCAAGGAGCGCAGUGUUAAAUUUUCCCCCACCAUCCUCCGACUCUCCCAGGCACAAGAAGAACGUGAUUUGUCCCGGCUUAGGAAGGGUGAACAUGACCUGCCCCAUCUUUCACGCAGUUCUUCCUUCACUCUAGUUGACCUGGAAAGCUGUAUCUCUGAGCUUCCGUGGCAUUCGAAACUAGUUUACCAUCUCAAGGAGGAUGUCGACCCCGCGUGGAGUGACAUGCUCCUGCUAGCUUGCUCGUUCGUCAGCGGGGUGAUUGACAGUGUGGCUUUUAAUGCGUGGGGAAGUUUCGCCAAUAUGCAAACAGGAAACACUGUCUUUAUCGCCCUAGGCGUCUCUGGCCAACCCGUCCACCCCCCUUUCCGUUGGGCCAAAGCUCUCAUGGCCUUAAUAUCCUUCGUCACCGGCAUCCUCUUCUUCUCUCACGGCUCCCGCCUUCUAAAACCCCUCCGUCGCUCAACCCUCAUCACUUCUUUCACCAUCCAAACUCUCGCCAUCCUUACAGCUGCCGUCCUCGCUCAAAGUGGAGUCGUCAAACGCAUGCCAGGUCUCCUCACGGAUCCCAUUGAAUGGAUGCAACUGCUCCCGCUAUCCUUACUCGCCUUCCAAGCUGGCGGACAGAUCGUUACAUCCCGCUUCGUUAACGUGGAUGAAAUCCCUACCGUCGUGCUCACGACGGUCUUGUGCGAUUUACUCAUUGAUCCACGGCUGUUUGACGGGGGUGUCGGAUGGCAUGUCCAUCCAGUCAGGAAUCGUCGCAUUGGCACGUUUCUUGCUUUGUUUAUCGGCGCGAUGAUUUCCGGGUUCAUAUCUAAGAAGGCUGGGGUGGCUAGUUCGUUGUGGUUGGCCACUGGAAUCAAGGCAGCUGUUACGAUUUGCUGGGCCCUUUGGAAAGGGAAAGGAUGUGAUGAUAAAAUGAAGGACGGCGCAACGCAUGUUUGA